AUGAUUAAACAAUCAUUAGAUGAAAAUAAAUACAAAUGUAUCACUCCUAUUGUUGAACUUAUUCUUAUUGAUAAUGAUUUAUUACAAUUUUUUCAAAGACAAGAUAAUUUAGAAUUACAAAAAUAUUUUUAUCAAGAAAUUGGUGAACAAUUAUUACAAGAUAAUUAUGAAAAAUAUCAACUUAAUAAUAAAUAUAAUUUAAAACGUUCACAAUUAAAAUUAUUAUUAAAACGUUCACUAUUCAUUUAUCAACAAAAAUAUUCUUCAACUAUUAUCUAUUUAGAAUAUAAUCAAUGUUUAUUAUUAAUUGAAGGAAAAUUUGAAUCAAUAGUUAAUAAUUAUAUUGAUUAUAUUGUCAAAGAUGAUCUUUAUUUAAAUGGUAGAUCUCGACAAAGAGAAUCAGAACAGAAAACAACUUAUAAGGGUCUAUGUCUCAUAGAUUCAUUACAACAACAAUCAAUUAGACAAUUUAAAAUAGUAUCAUCAUCAUCUCCAUCCAUUUUUUUUAUAUGGAAUAAUCGUGAUCUACUACUAAUGGUUACAUCGACAUCAAACAACAAUAGAUCCAAUCUAAAAAGACGUUUUUCUCUGUAA